AUGACUCUGCCUACUACCUCAAACGGAUGGUCCAUCCAAUCCAUCAACAAGGACAGCUUCGAUGGACUCGUACGUCAAGAUAACGUCCCCAUACAGAAGCUUGGAGAUCACGAUAUUCUGGUUCAAGUGGAGGCCGUCUCUCUAAACUACAGAGACUUGGCCAUCCCAAGAGGUCUCUAUCCGUUCGCCAUGAACCUCCCCGUCGUUCCUGGCUCAGAUGCUGCUGGAAUUGUCCUUGCAGUCGGGCCAAAGGUCACCCGAUUGUCCAAAGGGGAUAGAGUCUGCACACUCUUCAACGAACUGCAUCAAGUUAACCCCAUAUCUCCUGACGCCGUGGGCAGUGGUCUUGGCGGCGCACUCGACGGUACGCUUCGAACCUAUGCAGUCUUCCCAGAACAUGGGCUCGUACUCGCACCGUCUUCUCUCGACGCCAUCGAAGCAAGUACCCUGAGCUGUGCGCCGCUGACUGCGUGGAAUGCCCUCUAUGGUUUACAGUCCAAGGCAGUCAAAGCGGGAGACUGGGUUUUAACUCAAGGAACAGGUGGUGUCAGUCUUGCUGCCAUUCAGUUUGCUGCAGCUGCAGGUGCCACAGUUGUCGCUACUACGUCUUCAAAUGACAAGUCGGAGGCUUUGAAGAAACUUGGCGCUUCGUUUGUUAUCAACUACAAGGAGACGCCAAAUUGGGGCGAAGCGGCUAGGGCAUUGACACCGGGUGGUCUUGGAUUCGAUCACAUCCUCGAGAUUGGUGGUGCAGGGAGCAUCGGGCAAUCACUCAAGGCGGUAAAGCUAGAGGGUGUAAUCACGAUUAUUGGGUUCCUUGCACCUUCUGAGAAACAGCCCCCCCUUAUGGACGCUCUCAACCAUCUCUGCAUUGUGAGAGGCGUGUUUGUUGGCUCGAGACAGCAAUUUGAGGAGAUGAAUCGGGCUAUUGAUUCUGCCAAAAUUCAUCCAGUAGUUGACCCAAACAUGUUUUCUCUGGAUGAUUUGAAGGAGGCAUAUAUGUAUCAGUGGGAACGGAAGCACCUUGGCAAGGUUGUUGUAAAAGUCACCGUUUAG